AUGGAGAACCUUGAUCAGAUCAACAAACUUGAGGGCGGUCUCCGCCACCUUCGUGUGCGUCCUGCUGACGAAGAUGCAAAGUACUCGGUGCCCGUCGAGCACGUGGCUCGCCCCGGAUUCAAUCCUUCCGGCAAAGAGAUUGAGGUUCAGAUGAACGCCUUUGCUGUUACCAGCUAUCCCAGCAAGACCGUCUAUCAGUACGAUGUCCAUAUCGGAAAUGGCGCGGAAAAGAGCGUCGUCAUCAAGAAGGUCUGGGAUUCCAAGGCCCGCAAAAACGCCUUGAAGCAGAUUAUCUUUGACGGACAAAAGCUUGCUUGGUCCCUUCAGAAUUACCCCAACGGACUUAAUGUCAUGGUUGACCUUGAUGCGGAGCAGGGUCGUCCCGCUGGUCGGACUCCCAACACCUUCCGCUUGGUUGUUCGCCCAACCAAGACUGUCAAUUUGGCCGUCUUACAAUCCUGGCUGCGUGGUCAGACCUCUACAACGGAAGCUGUCUUGGAGGCUCUUAACUUUCUUGAUCAUGUUUUGCGUGAAAACCCCAGCUCGCGUUUGCUUGCCAUCCGCCGCUCUUUCUUCGACGAGAAUGGCGACCAGAAGGAUAUCGGUGGCGGCGUCCUGGCUUUCAAGGGCGUGUACCAGGCAAUUCGACCUGCUCUGAACCGUGGACUUAUCAUUAAUGUCGACGUUUCCAACACCUGCUUCUGGGCCCGCACUUCUCUCAUGGGCGCUUGCCGGGCUAUCACGGACGCCCGUGAUCCCCAGCACUUGGCACACAUGUUGCGGCCAGUACCUGACGGUCACGGGGGCACAACUGAGUCCAAUACCUUCUACGAGGUGCAUCGCCGGAUCAAAAAGCUUGGGGUGGCACCUCACUACAGAGGUUGCCCCGUGGAGGGCAAGCCCUUCAUGGUCAAGGGCCUUCUCAACGUAAAUGCUCGGGGCUAUAUGAUCGACUAUAAUGACCGUGCAUCCGGAAAUACCCAGCGAAUGAGCAUUGAGGCGUACUUUAAAAUGAAGUACAACCUUACCCUCGAUCACUGGGAUCUUCCCAUUGUCGAAAUGACCAAGAAAGGGGUGGUUUACCCUAUGGAACUGCUGACAAUCCAUGGUUUGCAUCGUUACAUGUGGAAGCUCAACGAGCUCCAGACCUCCAAUAUGAUCAAGUAUGCCGCUUCUCGACCUUUAGACCGUCUCCAAUCCAUCCAAAAGUCAAAGCGGACGCUCAACCACUCGGGCGAUCCUGUCCUGGCGGCCUUUGGGCUAAAGAUUGAUGAGAAUAUGAUUCGCACCAAAGCUCGACUUCUCCCGGCUCCAGAUAUUGAAUUUGGCGGCAAGCAACGCACCAACCCCGGUACUAAUGGCCGUUGGGAUCUCCGAGGCAAGAAGUUUUAUCAGCCGAACAAGCGGGCCCUCGAGGCCUGGGGUGUCGGGUACUUUCCGGGCAAGCGCAAUGCCAUUAACAAGACUCAGGUGGAAGCCUUUGUUGACUCUAUGAUGAAGGCCUACAGUGGCCAUGGAGGCAUCGUGAAAGUGCGCCCUGUUGUUCUUGAGCUCCGAGAAGAUACCGGGGAAGCCAUCAAGAAACUCUACAACGCGACUGGAAUCAAGUUCCAAAAGGAUCCUCAGCUCCUCGCGAUCAUCGUGCCCGAUAAGAACUCUUUUACCUACUCCCGUAUCAAGAAGUCUUGCGAUUGCCGCUGGGGAGUGCCAUCUCAGGUCAUGCAGUCUGCCCAUGUUGCCAAGAACAACCCCCAGUACAUCUCGAAUGUGCUGAUGAAGAUCAAUGCUAAGCUUGGUGGAACCACUGCUCGUGCCGUUCCCAAGGUGGCCGAGGCUGCCCUCAAGCGCCGAUCUAUGAUUAUUGGUGCCGAUGUUUCCCACUCUCCGCAGGGUGUGUGGCUACCCUCGUUGGCCGCUGUGUCAGUUUGCAUGGAUCAGUUUGGUGGCCGCUACUGGGGAGCAUGUGAGGCGAACGGCGAACGCGUUGAAAUGGUCGCGCGUGCCAACAUGGAGAUCAUGCUUACGCCUCUCAUUCGCGAGUGGAUGUCGACUGUUGGAGAAGGUCGAGCUCCAGAAAACGUUUACUACUUCCGUGACGGUGUCUCUGAGGGCGAGGUUCAGCAUGUCCUUCAACAGGAGGUCCCUGACAUCAAAGCAAUCUUUAUGAAGCUGACCCAAGAUCAGUGGAAGGGGAAGUUUACCGUUGUCAUUGCAAAUAAACGCCACCACCUGCGGGCCUUCCCCAAGCCAGGUGACCGCAACUCUGCGGACAAGAACAACAACCCUUUGCCAGGUACUCUUAUUGAGCGAGACGUGACCAGUCCUCAUGACUGGGACUUCUUGUUAUACUCUCACAUCGCCCUGCAGGGCACCUCGCGUCCUGUCCAUUACCAUGUAGUCCUGGACGAGAUUAAGCACCGCCCCCAGGAGCUUGAAAACAUGAUCUACGAUCAUUGCUAUCAGUACAUGCGCUCGACCACUUCGGUAUCUCUUUUCCCUGCCAUUUACUACGCUCACCUGAUCUCGAACCGCGCGCGCCAUCAUGAUGAUGCGCCUGCAAGCUCCGGCCCUCAGAGCGGACCAGAGGUCAAACUCACCAAUCCUAAGCCAAAGGACAAGAAGGCUGAUCCACGCCUUCUCCCAAUUCACGGCACUUCGAACCGUCUACCCUUCGGCAUGUGGUACAUCUAG